AUGCAAGAAAUUCUAUUCGUCAGUCUUGGAACGACUGUUCUCGACGAGAUUCGUAUUCCAGGCCAGAAACCACUACUUAACGUUCUGGGAGGAUCUGGUAUCUAUGCAUCCCUUGGAGCACGAUUGUUUCUCUCAGAAUCUCAGGCUCGAUCAAUAGGAUGGAUCAUCCAGAUCGGAAAUGACUUCCCGUCUGACAUCGAAGAUGACCUGACUGCGCUAGGAACGACUUUGGUGAUUGAUCGAAAGCUGAAUCAACCAUCUACGCGAGGUCUACUAGAGUACAAGGACAGCGCGUUUGGACAAAAAACCUUUCAAUAUAUCACGCCUGUUCUAAGAAUUCAAACCGAGCAAUUAAACAAUCAAGCACUAUUCACGGCGAAAUCCUUCCACUUGUUUGAAUGGCCACAGCAACUCGAAGAGCGUAUCUCUAAUUUGCUUGCCCUAAGAAGACAGAAAGGUCUCGUCGAUCAACGUCCAUUGAUAAUCUGGGAGCCCGCCCCACUCUCAUGUGAGAGAGAACAACUCUCUUUCUUUUUUUCCGCUGCAAAACUGGUUGAUGUAUUUUCUCCAAAUCAUCUAGAGCUUCUCAGAAUAUUUGGAGAGAAACCUUCAACCCCUUUCGAUAGGACGCAAGUGGAGGAUCUUGCAAGAAAGCUUCUGGAAUUGGGUGUUGGUCCAGACCGAACUGGUAUCAUGAUCAUCAGAUCUGGCGAGCAUGGUUCUAUGAUGCUGGUUGCUGGCGGUGUUCCUCAUUGGAUACCUCCGUAUUAUCAGGCUUCUUCUUUAAAGGUUGUUGACGCGACUGGCGCGGGGAAUGCCUUUCUUGGUGCAUAUGCUGUAGCAUAUUUGAAGACUAGAGACUCACAACAAGCUGCAUCGUACGGGUCUGUGGCGGCGUCAUUUGCCUUAGAGCAGAUAGGUGUUCCACACAAAAUUGUUUCCAAUGGACAAGAAUUAUGGAAUGGUGUGGAUAUUAGCGAGAGAUUACAGUCAUACAUAGAUCAGAUUAUCUCUAGUACGAGUGAGUAA